GCCAAUCAGCGAGCGCUUGUGCAAAAGGGACAAAAAGCCCUCCUCCCUUGGCGAGGCCGGUGCAAGAUGGCUGCGGCGUGUCGGAGCGUGAAGGGCCUGGUUGCAGUAAUAACUGGAGGAGCCUCGGGCCUUGGCCUGGCUACGGCGGAAAGACUGGUGGGACAAGGGGCCACAGCUGUACUUCUGGACCUGCCUAACUCGGGGGGCGAAGCCCAAGCCAAGAAGUUAGGCGAGAGCUGCGUGUUUGCCCCAGCCAACGUGACCUCUGAGAAGGACGUACAAACAGCUUUGACUCUAGCAAAAGAAAAGUUUGGUCAUGUAGAUGUGGCUGUCAACUGUGCAGGUGUUGCAGUGGCCAUUAAGACCUACAACCAAAAGAAGAACCAGCCCCAUGUCUUGGAAGACUUCCAGCGGGUUAUCAAUGUGAAUCUCAUAGGCACUUUCAAUGUUAUCCGCUUGGUUGCUGGUGUGAUGAGCCAGAAUGUACCAGACCCCGGAGGCCAGCGUGGAGUAAUCAUCAACACUGCAAGUGUGGCUGCCUUUGAGGGCCAGGUUGGACAAGCUGCGUACUCUGCAUCCAAAGGGGGCAUAGUGGGCAUGACACUGCCCAUUGCUCGAGAUCUGGCUCCUAUAGGUAUCCGUGUGAUGACUAUCGCUCCAGGUUUGUUUGCCACCCCACUGCUGACCACUCUUCCAGAGAAAGUACGCAACUUCUUGGCCAGCCAGGUACCCUUCCCCAGCCGACUGGGUGACCCUGCUGAGUAUGCUCAUCUGGUACAGACCAUAAUCGAGAACCCAUUCCUCAAUGGAGAGGUCAUUCGGCUGGAUGGGGCCAUUCGCAUGCAGCCUUAAUGGGAGAAGGCAGGGAAAACACAGGCUCCUGUGCCACCCCACCUUUCCCUGGAGUACGUACAACUUUUCAGUUUGGGGAGAACCUAACAGCCAUUUUGUAAUUCUGCUCACCAGUCACCCUCUGUGCCUAAUAAAGUCUCACUCUCACAGGA